AUAAGCUUAGUUGUACGGAGGGAGUGAUUCAUUCAAUGCUCAGUGGCGGAGAAAACGAAAUCUGCCAAACAAAUCCUUCACCCAAAAGCUCUUUUCGCUCACGUUUUCCUCUUUUAUAACAAGAACAAGUAUAAUAAUCCUCCCUUAGCCAAUAAACAGACGCAAAAUCGCUUCUUUCUGCCACCCAUUUUGUUAAAUCGAGAGAUCUCUCAAGAGUAGGAUGGCAGCAACAUCAGCCACUACCUUUUCAAUUGGAUCAACUGCCUCUUUUGGCAGUAGAGUGAGAUUACAGGCGCAAUCUAAGCCAGCUGGUGUUAGGUUUAAUGCCCCUGUACUCUCUAGUUUCAAUGGUCUUAAGGCAGCAGCAUCUUUGAGCUGUGAAUCAGAGUCAUCCUUCUUAGGAAGGGAAAGCACUGCAGCUCUUCGAAGCUCUUUUGCACCAAAAGUGAAAAAAUCAGAACAGAGGUCUCAGUAUGGCCUACAAACCCAGGCAUCUUACAAAGUGGCAGUUCUGGGUGCUGCUGGAGGUAUUGGUCAACCCUUGGCACUUCUAAUCAAGAUGUCCCCGUUGGUUUCUGCCCUACACCUCUAUGAUAUAGCAAAUGUCAAGGGAGUUGCUGCUGAUCUCAGUCACUGCAACACUCCCUCUCAAGUUCUAGAUUUCACUGGUGCUUCUGAAUUAGCAAAUUGUUUGAAAGGAGUGAAUGUGGUUGUCAUUCCUGCUGGAGUUCCAAGGAAGCCUGGUAUGACCCGUGAUGAUCUCUUCAACAUCAAUGCCAACAUAGUUAAGAGCUUGGUUGAGGCUGUUGCAGAUAACUGCCCUGAUGCCUUUAUCCACAUUAUAAGCAAUCCGGUGAACUCAACUGUGCCAAUUGCUGCAGAAGUUCUUAAGCAGAAAGGUGUUUAUGAUCCCAAGAAGCUCUUUGGUGUUACCACAUUGGAUAUUGUCAGGGCAAACACAUUUGUCGCCCAGAAGAAGAACCUUAAGCUAAUUGAUGUGGAUGUUCCAGUUGUAGGUGGGCAUGCAGGGAUAACAAUUCUACCCCUGCUGUCAAAAACAAAGCCAUCAGUGAGUUUCACUGAUGAAGAAAUUGAAGAGCUAACUGUCAGGAUCCAAAAUGCUGGGACAGAAGUUGUGGAAGCGAAGGCAGGUGCAGGAUCUGCCACACUAUCAAUGGCAUAUGCAGCUGCUCGGUUUGUUGAAUCAUCCCUUCGUGCACUGGAUGGAGAUGGGGAUGUCUAUGAAUGCACCUUUGUGGAAUCAAAUCUGACUGAGCUCCCAUUCUUUGCUUCAAGGGUUAAACUUGGGAGGAAAGGUGUUGAAGCUUUCAUUCACUCUGACCUCCAGGGUUUGACUGAGUACGAGCAAAAGGCAAUCGAGGCCCUUAAGCCUGAAUUGAAGGCCAGCAUCGAAAAGGGAGUUGCCUUCGCCCAAAAACAGACAGUUGCUGCUUAAGAUAUCGAAGGUAAAAAAACAUAUCCUUAAGAGGAUGAUUGACCCAAUCUGGUUACUUGAUUGUUGGACUUUUUCUUGCAUGAUUACCUUCAGUUUUGUAGAAUGGAAGUUUACUCAUUUUCUUUGGAAAGACAAUUGAGAACAUGAAAUUUAGAACCAUAUUCUGGUGUUGUAGUUGAGAAAAAGAAUAUGUAAUCAUUUCUCAGUUUAGAGCCUGUAGCAGUUUGAAAGUUUUGGAAUAAUGUGACUGGUGCUGCUGGGUGCAUCACCUUUAUUCAGAACGAUGAUGUGGUAAACGAAUAUCAACUUUUACAUUUGAAGCUAUGCUUGCUCAUCCUAUCUGGGUGCUAAA